AGAGAACGGAAGAAACACAGGAAAACAUCGGAAAAAAAAAUGGAGAAGAUCGAGCACGCGACGGUCCGCACCAAUGGCAUAAACAUGCACGUGGCGUCCGUCGGCGACGGCCCUGACACGAUCCUCUUCCUCCACGGCUUCCCGGAGCUCUGGUACUCGUGGCGCCACCAGAUGGUGUCCCUCUCGGCCCUUGGCUACCGUGCCGUCGCGCCCGACCUCCGGGGCUACGGCGGCACCGACGCACCGCCGUGCGUGGAGUCGUACACGGCGUUCCACGUGGUGGGGGACCUGGUGGGGAUGCUGGACGCGCUGGGGAUCGGGCGGGUGUUCGUGGUGGGGCACGACUGGGGAGCGAUCAUCGCGUGGUGCCUGUGCCUGUUCAGGCCCGACCGAGUUAGGGCUUUGGUCAACACGAGCGUCACGUGGUUCCAAAGGCUCAUGUGGUUCCCGAGCGAUCCGGAGGGGAAGCCCGUUGAGUCGACGAGGGCGAUGUAUGGAGAUGAUUACUACGUUUGCAGGUUUCAGAAACCUGGAGAGAUGGAAGACGACUUUGCAAAAGUCGAUAAUGCCAAGCUCAUGAAGCUAAUCCUCACAAGCCGUGAUCCAGGCCCACAUCGCAUGCCUAAAGAUAAAGGAUUCUCGGAAUUGACCAAACAAUUCGAGCAGCACCAGAUUGAGUUGCCCUCUUGGCUGACCGAGGACGACAUCAACUACUUCACCGCCGAAUUCAGCCGGACCGGCUUCACCGGAGCUUUGAACUAUUACCGUUGCUUGGACUUAAGCAGCGAGCUAUCGGCGCCAUGGGACGGAGUGCCGAUCAACGUGCCGACGAAGUUCAUAGUGGGGGACCUGGACCUCACCUAUCACAUCCCUGGCGUGAAGGAGCACAUCCACGGCGGCGGGUUCAAGCGGGCGGUGCCCAACUUGGAAGAAGUGGUGGUGAUGGAGGGAGUGGCUCAUUUCCUCCAGCAAGAGAAGCCUCAGGAGAACUCCGUGGAGAUGGAGAAGAUAGAGCACGCGACGGUCCGCACCAACGGCAUCGACAUGCACGUCGCGUCGGUCGGCGACGGCCCCGUGGUCCUGUUCCUCCACGGCUUCCCCGACCUCUGGUACACGUGGCGCCACCAGAUGCUGUCCCUCGCCUCCCUCGGGUACCGGGCCGUCGCCCCCGACCUCCGCGGCUACGGCGACACCGACGCGCCACCGUCCGCGGCGUCGUACACGGCGUUCCACAUCGUGGGCGACCUGGUGGGGCUCCUGGACGCGCUCGGCGUCGAGCGCGUGUUCCUGGUGGGGCACGACUGGGGGGCGGCCAUGGCGUGGUACUUUUGCCUGCUCAGGCCCGACAGGGUGAAGGCGCUGGUGAACACGAGCAUCGUGUUUCACCCGAGGAAUCCGGAGAGGAAGCCUAUCGAUUCGUUCAGGGCGUUGUUUGGCGAUGAUUACUACAUCUGUCGGUUUCAGGAACCUGGAGAAGCUGAAGAAGACUUUGCACGAGCUGACAUCACAAAACUUAUGAAGCUAUUUCUCACAAGCCGUAAUCCAAAACCGCCUUGUGUUCCAAAAGAAAUAGGGUUUUCAGGUUUGGCCAGCUCUCGAGAUAAAUUGCCCCCCUGGUUGUCAGAGGAAGACAUCAAUUAUUAUGCCAGCAAAUUCAGUCAGAAAGGCUUCACGGGAGGAUUGAACUAUUAUCGAGCAUUGAACUUAACCUGGGAGCUGGCCGCGCCAUGGACUGGAGUGCAAAUUAAAGUGCCAGUUAAAUUUAUUGUUGGGGACCUCGACGCUACCUAUCAUAUACCCGGUGUUAAAGAGUACAUUCACAAUGGCGGGCUCAAGAAACUUGUGCCGUUCUUGCAAGAAGUAGUCGUGAUGGAAGGAGUGGCUCAUUUUCUCCAGCAAGAAAAGCCAGAGGAAGUUAGCAAUCACAUUUAUGACUUCAUCAAGAAAUUUUGAGUUUUACGCCUUGGAGAGUUUUCUUUGAGGAAGGAGAAGUGAAUAGUUUCAUCUCAGUCUCCACAAAAUAACUAGAACGUUUGCUGAGGAUGGGCGUUGGUGUUUCAGUUGCUGCUUAUUUUAGCCUGGUUCAGAGUUAAUGUAUUUUUCUCACUUGUAUAAUGUCGUUCUUGUUACGAGGACAAGAGAAGUGAAAUGAUAGGAUCUGCACUUUGUCAAGCUA